AGGAAAUUUCCAUCGCCUCCCUCUCUCUCUCUAACUCACGAGAACGAUUAGAAAAGUCUCAAAUUUUGUGUUCCGACCAAGAAACCAACAUCUUCUUUUCAGAGAAAAAACCAAAGUCUCCAACUUGGUAAUCCCUCAGUUGGUUUGAUGAUCAUAAUCCAACCAGACCAUUCCUCCUCUUUCGAAACACCCACCAGUCUUCCCUUCCCCCUUUUCUCCCCUUUCCUCCUGCAACUGCAAAAGUCCCAAGCUUUUCCUUCUGGAUUGGGCCAAACUGGGCUGCUCUCUAAUUCUUCUGGGCUGCCGGGUACUGAAACCGUGAACUUCUGCUCCUCCCUCAAGGAUAGGAUUGGUGUCUAACGUCUGAAAGAAAUCGUCAGAGCCCAGAUGUAAGAAUUCUUGAAUGGUGAUUUGUCUAUGAGGAAGACUGUUUGUUGAACGUAAUUGGGACUUUCCAUUUGAAGAAAAAUUGCUGCUUCGGUUAUGAACUAUUCACAGGACAAGUUUGUUAGGUUUCAAGAUUGGAGGUCAGAGAAAGUUUCGGAUUCGGAUUAUUCGCCCCGGAAUGGGUACCGUGGGAGAGUUAGCAUGAAGAUAAGCUCAUUCUCUGAUAAGUUCAGGAGAAGAUUGGAGUCUGGUUCAGAGAGCAUCAGUAGGAUUAGGCAGACCUUGAAAUCAUACUCCUUCAACAAUGGUAGUUCCUCCGAUGGCUCUUCUAGUUCUAGAAAGAAGAUCCUUGAUCCACAGGGAGCUUUCCUACAGAAAUGGAACAAGAUAUUCGUGCUGUCAUGUUUCCUUGCUAUCUCCCUGGACCCUUUGUUCUUCUAUGUCCCGGUGAUCGACAAUGAUAAGCACUGCCUUAAAUUGGACAACAAGAUGCAGAUAACAGCCAGCGUGUUGCGUUCUUUCACGGAUAUAUUCUACAUACUUCACAUUGUCUUCCAGUUUCAUACCGGCUUCAUUGCGCCUUCCUCCCGGGUUUUUGGAAGAGGUGUUUUGGUUGAGGACAGUUGGGCCAUCGCGAAGAGGUAUAUGCUUUCGUACUUCUUGAUCGACGUUCUUGCCUUGCUGCCACUGCCACAGAUGGUGAUCCUCAUAAUCACUCCCAGGCUGCAAGGAUCGAGAACUCUUAAUACGAAAAACUUGUUGAAGUUUGUUGUAAUCCUCCAGUAUCUUCCGAGGAUCAUGCGGAUUUAUCCGUUGUACAAGGAAGUUACUAGAACCUCUGGCAUACUCACUGAAACUGCGUGGGCUGGAGCUGCGUUUAACCUCUUCCUUUACAUGCUUGCUAGCCAUGUACUUGGAGCAUUUUGGUACUUAUUCUCCGUGGAAAGACUAACAGUUUGCUGGAAGAGAGCUUGUAACACGAGCUCGUGCCGGGAUACGCUGUACUGUGAUGGUCCUCUAGGCAAUCUGGCAUUCUUGAACACCUCUUGUCCUGUCAAUCCUGAGAAUGCAGAUGUGUUCAAUUUCGGAAUAUUCCUUGACGCGCUCCAGUCUGGUGUUGUGUCUUCUCAUGACUUCCCCAAGAAGUUCUUCUACUGUUUCUGGUGGGGGCUUCGCAAUCUCAGUUCUCUUGGUCAGAACCUUGCGACAAGUACAUUUGUGUGGGAAAUUUGUUUCUCGGUUGCGAUUUCAAUCUUUGGGCUGGUGCUGUUUUCCUUCCUCAUUGGGAAUAUGCAGACUUACUUGCAAUCUACGACAACUAGAUUGGAGGAAAUGAGAGUGAAGAGGCGGGACGCUGAGCAAUGGAUGUCCCAUCGUAUGCUCCCGGACAAUUUGCGGGAGCGAAUCAGGCGACACGAGCAGUACAAGUGGCAAGAAACCAGAGGAGUCGACGAAGAGAACCUCGUCCACACUCUUCCAAAGGACAUUAGAAGGGACAUAAAGCGCCAUCUCUGCUUGGCACUCCUCAUGAGAGUGCCAAUGUUCGAGAAGAUGGACGACCAGCUUCUCGAUGCAUUGUGCGACCGCCUCAAGCCAGCACUCUACACGGAGGAGAGCUACAUUGUCCGUGAGGGAGACCCCGUCGACGAGAUGCUAUUCAUCAUGAGGGGUAAACUCCUCACCAUGACAACAAAUGGCGGAAGGACGGGCUUCUUCAACUCGGAGUACCUCAAAGCUGGUGAUUUCUGUGGCGAGGAGCUUCUAACGUGGGCCCUCGACCCACACUCCUCGUCGAACCUACCCAUCUCCACAAGAACCGUUCGUACCAUCACGGAGGUUGAAGCUUUUGCACUAACGGCGGAAGACCUAAAGUUUGUGGCCUCGCAGUUCCGUCGCCUGCACAGCAAGCAGCUUCGCCACACGUUCAGGUUCUACUCACAGCAGUGGAGGACGUGGGCGGCCUGCUUCAUACAAGCGGCAUGGCGAAGGUACAGCAAGAAGAAGCUCGAGGAGGCACUGCGGCAGGAAGAGGACAGGUUGCAGGAUGCGCUGGCCAAGGCCGGUGGGAACUCGCCUAGCCUCGGCGCUACCAUCUACGCCUCCAGAUUUGCUGCCAAUGCUCUGAGGCUGCUGAGACGAAACUCGACUCGUAAGGCGAGGAUCUCCGAGAGGCUGCCGCCCAUGAUGCUGCAGAAGCCGGCGGAGCCUGAUUUUACUGCUGAUGAACGGUAG